CGACAAUCGUUCGCGAUGACGUUAGUUCUGAGAUCGUAUGUGAAAGCUCGAUGCAACUCUAUUCCGCCGUCUACACUCAAACGAACGUACAAUGCGAUUAGCGCCUCCCGCCGCGCAUGCCAUAAUGAUUCGUCCAUCAUCCCAUGCAAUGCUCCACCGUGCACUGCUCCACCGCGCAGAAAGCGUAGCGCCUUUCAAACCAUGCCCGCCGCCCCUAAAACCCAGCCCUGAAACCGGACAACUCCAUGCUCGCUCGUAACGCACCAUAGUG